AUGCAUCCCCACUUAAACCAAAAUACCGAUCCCCAAAAUUAUCCACAAAACUAUCAAACCGCACAAAAUGUCCCAAGCCCUUCCAUAGCUCCACCCCUCCCCAAAAGAACCACAUCCCAAGUCCCCGUCCCGGCCGAGCAUGAGGUGCACGGCUCCGAGUUGGACCAUUACGAGGAGCAAGAAAGAGAGUGGAGGGCGAGGGAAGAAGCGAAGGUAGAAAUAAAUGAGGAGAUCAAGAGGGCAAUGAGAGAAUUGCAAUGUACUCCAGACGUCGCCAGGUUAAGCUACGCAGAACUAUGCAUCCACCAAGACUUGAACCUACCUGAAGGCUUUAAGAUCCCGAAGUUUGAUACCUUCGGAGGGGUGGGGAACCCCAUGGCACACCUAAGAGCGUACUGUGACCAACUCGUGGGAGUUGGCAAAGAUAAAGCGUUGCUGAUGAGGUUGUUCAGCCAAAGCCAGUGCGGUGAGGCCCUAGAGUGGUUCACGUCACAUGAGACUCAAGAAUGGCCCAGUUGGAGCGCACUGGCUAAGGAUUUCAUCGACAGAUUCGCAUACAACGUCGAGAUAGUCUCUGAUCGGUACUCCUUGGAGAAGAUGAAACAGAAGCCCACAGAAACCUAUCGAGAGUUCGUGUACAGGUGGAGGAAAGAGGCAGCGAGGGUGAGGCCUCCGAUAACAAAGAAAAAGAUCGUAGAGGUGUUCAUGCGGGUGCAGGAGCCCGAGUAUUAUGAUAGAGUAAUCAUAUUAAUCGGCGCAAAGUUCGCCGAGAUAGUCAAAGUAGGUGAGACUAUCGAAGAUGGCCUGAAGUCGGGAAAGAUAGCCCGAGUGUCUGCAUUACCUGGGUCUUCCGGACUGAAUCCACCAUCGAUUCCCCAAAAUUUUCCCUCUAUAUAUCAAAACUACCCCAAAGCUUAUCAAGUCCCUCCCCAUUACAAGAAUGUUGCUCCCAGCUGCGCUAAUGUACAACCAAGCUAUCGAGCACUGUCCCCUUCAUAUCAAAUACAAACCCCAGCAUAUCUAAGCCCCCAUCCAAAUUACCAAGCCCCAAUGCUAAACUGUCAAACAAAUCCCUACCCCAGAACCCAAUCUCCACGACCAAACGCCCGCAAUUACCAACAAGUCCAUCCCCCUCAACAGAGCGGGUAUGAUCCCCCUCGCCCCAGGUUUGAGAAGAAGCCCUCCAGAUGCUUCACCGCGUUGGCUGAAAGCAGAACUAAAUUGUUCAAAAGAUUAUCCGCGACCGGAUACAUCCACCCUGUGGGGCCAAAGCCCGUGGAUGUCGAUUCCAGAUUCUACAGACUGGAGCAGAGAUGUGCUUAUCAUUCCAAUAGUGUUGGACAUGAUACAGAAGACUUUAUCAAUCUUAAGCACAAGAUCCAAGACUUGAUUGACCAGGAAGUGGUCUCCCUUCAGCCUGCGGUGCCAAACGUCAACACGAACCCGUUGCCAAAUCAUGGGGGUGGGAACAUCAACAUGAUAGAAACUGACGAAGAUGAGCGUGAAGCCAAGAGAAUUACUCCUGUUAUUCAGGAAGACUUGGAAAAGGCUUUCGCUUCUUUGAGCGUCAGGGAAAAGAGAGAGUUUGUCAUUCUGACACCUGCAAAGGCUGUUGCCUUGGUGCCAGCAAAGACUCUCGCCAAGCCCAAGUUUGUUAUACAAACGGUCGUGGAUCAAGGCAUGACUAGAUCUUGCAGAUGUUACACUCCUGACAAGCUUGCUCUCAGAGGACAAAAGAAAGAUCAUGCCAAGAGACCGAUCAACGAAGCAGAAGCUGAGGAGUUCUGGAGAAGAAUGCAACCCAAAGACUACUCCAUUGUGAAGCACUUGGAGAAGACUCCAGCCUAG